AUGAAAAAGUAUGGCAGCUUUGUUGAUACUGCAACAGUAGUAGGAGGAGCACAUGGACAUGUAAGCCAGUGCACUCCAGGAACUGGAAGAUCAAAGAAAUCAAAUGCAUAUAUGCCAGCCGCAACAGACGAUGUGGCCAUCUGUCCUAUAACUGGACUUCCAGCAAAAUACACCGAUCCUCUUACAGGAACUCCAUAUGCAACACCAGAAGCAUUGGAUACGAUUCAGCAACUAGCAAACGGAGAAUAUGGCUGGGCUCCAUCUAUUAAGGGGUUCAUUCACCGAUUUGAUGAAGUUGCUCCAAAAGAUGCUCCAGAAGGAUGGCUGGAUUGCACUGUUGGUAGACCAUUCGUUGUGCCUAAACUAGAACCGCCAAAACGGAGCACUGGAUUCAGAUAA